AAGUAUAAUAAUUUUUUCUCAAAUUAUUAUAAACGAAUACAUUUUAGAACUGAGGACAUAGUGGCCAUUUUCAGACUGUCGAUCAGAGCUGCUCUUUUCUGAUAGUGAGGGAAACUGUCACAGUGAUUCUCCGUCACUACUCAAACCGGGGAUUUGAAAGUGAAACAAAAGAGAGGUAACGAGAGAACACGAGGCCUCACAUAGCUGUCUGAUCAGUCGUUUUGGAUUCACUCUGUGACUACAAUGGCGUACACAUCCUCCCUAGUUGACGAUCUGUCCUGUUCGGUUUGCUGUGACAUCUUUAAAGACCCUGUUAUCCUAUCGUGUAGUCACAGUUUCUGCAAAGGCUGUCUGCAGACAUGAUGGACGCAAAACCAGGAACAGAACUGUCCACUUUGCAAGAGGAGAUCUUCAAGGACCGAUCCAUCCAGGAACAUUGCCCUGGAGAACCUGUCGAAGGCCUUCAAGCAGGAGAACGCGGAUCUCUGCCCUCUGCACGAUGAGAAACUCAAGCUUUUCUGUCUCGAUGACUGGGAGACGGCGUGUCUCAUCUGUCGAGAUUCUGAAAAACACGCCAACCACAGAUUCCUUCCUGUGGAUGAAGCUGCCCUGAGCCGCAGAAAAGAAAUGAAGAAAUUACUAAAACCCCAGAAGGAGAAGUUAAACGACUUUGUUGAGAUCAAGAGAAAGUGUGAGGACAUAGCAGCGCACAUUGAUCUCCAGACCGCGCACACCGAGAGACAGAUUCAAAAGGAGUUUGAGAAGCUUCACCAGUUUCUCAAAGAUGAAGAGAAGUCCAGGAUCACUGCGCUGAGAGACGAAGAGCAGUUGAAGGGUGAGAAGAUGAAGAAGGAGAUUGACGAGUUGUCGAAGCAGAUAGAAACCAUUUCGCACACAGUCACCGAGACGGAGCAGCAGCUGGGGGCUGGAGACAUUCCCUUCCUGAAGAAGUUCAAAGCUACAAGAGAGAAAGUAGCCCAGCCCCAACCCUCGCCAGGUCUCCCCUAUGGAGCGCUGCUGGACGUGGCCAAACACCUGGGCAACCUGGCCUACGCAGUCUGGAAGAAGCUGGAGGAGAACGUCUCCUACUCUCCUGUGAUCCUGGACCCCAACACCGCUGGCCCCGAUCUCCACCUGUCUGAGGACCUGACCAGCGUGAGACGUGGAGUGAGACAGCAGCUCCCUGAGAACCCAGAGAGGCUGAAGCAUGGCAUGCUUGGAUCUGAGUCACUUGAUUCAGGGACCUGUGAGGUAGAGGUGGGAGACAGCGCUCAGUGGGAGCUGGGUCUGUCAGCUGCCCCGGACUGA